AUGACUCCCAUAAUCAACUACCUCAAGUCCGACACGCUCCCUGCAGAUAAAAAGGAGGCAAAAAGACUAGUGCGGGAAGCACAGUACUACAACAUAGUGCAUGACGCCCUAUAUAGGAAGGGAAUCUCUACACCCCUCCUAAAAUGUGUUCCAACCUCUGCUACAAGGGAUGUCCUAGAGAAAGUACAUGGAGGCAUCUGCGGCAACCACCUUGGUGCAAGAGCUCUGUCCAAAAUGGUAUUCCGAGCUGGUUUUUAUUGGCCGACCCUGCAAAAGGAAGCAACAGAGUUCGUCAAGACAUGCCCACCAUGUCAGAAGCAUGGAAAUUUCCAUAUAGCUCCACCCGAAGAGCUCAUUGGUGUUGUAUCACCCUGGCCAUUCGCAAAGUAG